UUGCAGUACUACAAGGAGCUCAAGGAGUUGCAGGAUCAGUAUGAGAGCGACCACCAAAUUAUCUGCGGUGGCAAGGCGAUUGUCAAGGAGAAGCAGGAUAAAGACUGGCUUCUGGCCCGAAUAUCUUUCAUUAUGAACGUUUCUCUACUUUUUGUGAAUCUUUUUGCAUCAAUAUCAACAGGAUCUCUGGCUAUUGUAAAUACAUUUGUUGAUUCAUGUGUAGACAUCACCACCAGCCUCGUGUUAGGAGUGUGCCUGUGGCUCAUACAUAACACAGAUUAUCACAAAUACCCACGCGGACGAUACAGGCUUGAAUUGCUUGGUGUUAUCCUUUGCUCUAUAAUACUGGUCGUCUCAAAUACCUUUCUUAUGUUGGAAUCAGUCACAGCGAUCGUCACAGGACAGAUAGCUCCUGAAAUGAACGCAGUGGUCCUAUCGGUUAUGUUAGGUGGAUCAAUUCUCAAAACUGUUCUCAUGAUUAUAUGCUACAGAAGGGGAUCGGCAUCGUCGAAGGUACUAGCCAUGGAUAUGCGUAAUGACCUUGCGACCACGUAUGUUGCCAUCAUAUGUGCCACCACCAUCGGAUCGGUCUAUUUGGAAAUACGCCGACCCCGUGGGAGGAAUGCUCGUCUGCGCAAUGAUCGCCGUUUCUGGUUUUCGCUAGCUCACACGGUUGGCGUUGGUGUACAAGUCAGAAAGGAUCAACUUUCACGAGUGCUGAAAAUCACCAUUGAUCACGAUCCUCGAAUACGGUGCAUCAACCACGCGAUGGUAUAUCAUACCUCAAUGCAAGCUAUCGUCGAAUUAGACAUCGUCAUGGAUCCGAAUCUUCCCCUAAAGGUAUUUUAUGGUCUAUAG